AUGGCCCCCUCUCCUGGGAAAAUACAUCAGCUCCCAGGCAACAUCGACACCUCGCCGCACUCCUACGUGACAGUCCUCAGCGGCCUCCAAGACGUCUAUGUACACUAUUCGGCACCCAGCUAUUCUUCCGGUCAAACCCACACGGGCCCUCUCCAGGGAAGUUGUGUCCUCAAGGGCGUAGCCAGAGCAGUAUGCUAUGCGAGCCCCGAGUGUAUACCGGAUAACCAAUGUCUCGACUUUUCUCUCUACAAUCUUGAUCCCACAGAACGCACACCCUUCCCACACGCCUUCAACCCUGCUCCCGACGUCACCCCUUCUUCUUGGACGGGCAAAGGAUUCAUGUCUUGGGUCUUGUCUGAAUCUUCACCGGGCACAACCCUCGUCAGAGGGAAGCUGGUGCGAGAGUAUGAGUUCUCAUCGCAUCACUUUCAUGAUAUGGAAGGGGGCCUUGAGGCGCUUGUUGCUGCCGCCAACAGCACGGCCCGGAAACAGGACGAGGCCGACGGCAAGGGCUGGGGGCUAGAGGUCAAUGUGUCCUUGCGCCAGGUCAACCCCGAAGGGAAAGCAGAGUUCAAGGGCAGACGCGCCUUUGAAGCUUCAUUGACGAAAGGGGGAAGCGAUGGUCAAGCGCCAAACAGUACGAACGGAAUGUUGAGCUCGCCUGUCGCUCAGAGGUUUCCAAGUCAAUUGCAGUCGGGGCAGAAUUUCGCUGCUCGGCCAGCUGGUGUCGGUCUGGGAAUGGAAAAGACGGAGAGUAAAUCACCAGGUUCUCAUAAGAAGCCCACGAACCAAGCUAGCAAUGGACAAGCUGCCGGGAACGCGCAGUCCAACAGACCUUCGAGUGCGAUGGGACGACCUGCAUCUUCGACGGGUUUGCCACCAAGCUCGUUCCCUAGAUCGUCCAGCUCCAACCUGGGGCAAAGUCGACCUUCUUCCUCUUUGUCUCAGAAUCCCCCAUCGCGUACGGCUCAGAGUAACUUUCAGCCACCGCGUCCACCUCAACCUGCGGCUUCUGAUGCUGUAUUCCAACCUCCCGCACCUCCCAAACCUGCCCAGCCGCGUCCUGUCACGCCGCCUCCCGCGCCUCGUUCCAAAUCACCACCCCCCUCCACGCCUUCACGUCGGCACCUCCAAGCUCUGCUCAAGGCUGAUGGCAACAUGUCGCCCGAUCUCGCUCGGCAUCUCGCGGCGAAUCCCAUGCUCAGGCAAAUACUCAAGGCUGUACCACCAGGGGCUUCUCUCCUUUCACAGCUGAGGAGUGUCAAGGUGGAUGACUUGGCUGGCGGCCAGGUACAGGAUUUGAAGAGGGAGGGGGAUGAGAAGGAUAGAGGAUCGCCUGCCGAACCGACUACCCCAACACCGAGCGGGCCAAAGACGCCGCUGACACAGAAGCCUCAGUCAAAGCAACAGCCUCAGAAUUCUCAGGCUGCUCAGCAGGCCAAGGCGCUGCAGGCGGCUCAGGGAUGCUGCAAUUGUGGGACCAUGGUCAGUAGUUGUUGGCGGGUGAGAAAGAUGAAGGAAGGGCCGCCUCGAAAGGUCUGUGAUGACUGUGGUGUGUACUUUAACGAACACAAGCAGAUGCGUCCCCAAGAGCUGUGGGAUCCCAAACCCGCACCAGGCGGUAAUGCCACAGCAGGCCCAGGUCCUUCUACCAGUGCCAAUGCGAGCCAAUCUGCCGAGCAGAAACGUCGUAGUCAAUCCCAUCACCCAUCCUCCGACCUCUUCUCAGAUGGCCCAGCUGUCCGCUCUUCACCUCGCCUCAGGCGUCGUGAAUCACAAGAUCAUCCCACGCCGACGGCCAAUAAUCACUAUAAUACACGGUCUCACCCGUCCGAGCAAGCUCUCCCACCUCCCACGCCUCGUACGGCCGCCUUGAUGGGCAGUGUCGCAGAGAGUCCACGGAAGCGGUACAAGAGCAAAGCGGGUCAGGUGGCAGACUCUCCAAGGAUGGCAACCCGGGCUAGUGCGCGUGCGGGACCGUCAGAAUUCUCCAGUGAGGUGUUUGGAUUUGCACUGGGAGAUGAUGGGAGUGCACAUAGUCAUAGUGGGCAUACGCCUGCUGCCCACCACCACACUGGGCAGGCCAACCCAGCAGCUCUGACUCCCAUGUUGAGUAACGUGUCUACCACGCCCAUACGCCUUAACCACGCCUCAUCUCACACGAAUCCCACCGACAAUACUCUUCCGUCUGUAGACGAGUCAGGGAAUAACCUCGAUCCAGACUUUGAUAUCAACGCGUUCCUAUCGUCGAUGGAUAAUCAGACGCUGGGGGCAGACGACUUUGAUCUGAACAGUCUGUUCACUGGACAGGAUGGAGGCGAAGUGAAUGGAGAGUUGAAUUUAGAGAUUAUGGAGCUACUAGCGAAUUGGGAUGAGGAUGCAAGCGGGGACGGAGGCGACAAGGGACUGCCGCAAAGCGAGGGGAUGGACGUGGAUGGGUCCGGGUUGUAG